AUGAAUGGACCUCCCAGGCCGCCAGCUCGCGGAGCUCCACCACCACCACAUCAUGCCCAUAAUGGUUUAACCGGAGCUGCGAAUGGCCGACCUAGAGUACGAGAAGACGGAAAGGGGCCCGGCAGACAGAGAAGCAACUCUGAAUCCUCCGCUGUAGAUGUUUUGGACCGAGAAAGGGAACGUGAGAGGGAAAGAAGAAGGGAGAAGUCCAAGAGAGACGAAGAGAAGAGCAAGAGUAAAGAUGACAAAUCGAAGAAAGACGAUAAAUCGAAGAAGGCCUCGUCCGACAAGCGGAAGAAGGGUGCUGCCGGAGUUGAUCUUAUUGAUAAGCUUGAUGUCACUGGUAUCUAUGGAGGCGGACUAUUCCAUCACGAUGGUCCGUUCGAUGCUUGCAAUCCGCACCGCAACAAGAACAAGAGCCGUGCUCCUAUGCAUGCUUUCCCAGAAGGCUCUAAGAACAAUGCGCUCGGUGGCUUUGAUUUCGACCUAAAGCCGGGUAAUCACAGCAACCUCUUUGGAAACAGAGACCCCGAAGCCUACUCUGAGUUCUCCGCAGGGAGAAGAGGUUCUGCAGCCGACGAUUUGGCCGACCCUUCGAGGCCGAUCGGGAAGCGAGCAGCAUCAUUCGAUCCUGUCAGCCGCGCAGUCAUCCACGGCGACGAAUCUCUCGGCCUAGGAACAUCGACCUUCUUGGAAGGUACACCAGCUACAAAGAAGGCAAUUGAGAAAGCACAAGCCGAAGAAGAGCUACGACCAACGACAUCAGCAACUAAAGAUAAAGAUUCUAGUGGGCUACAGCGAAAGAAAUCGUUGGCCCAAAAGUUCCGUGGUAAGAGUUCACAGAAGCCAUCGGGCCCAGAGGGAGAAGCUAGAAUUGCACCUGGAUUCGACCGACGGCACAAGCCGAGCAAGUCGAAUUCCCCAACAAAUGAAGACUAUCCGGUGCGACCAUUUACCCCAACAUCACCUCCCCGCGGGCCACCCCCAAUUAACAGAGCUACCAAAGGAAGCGUUUCGCAACCCCGAGAGAACUACGGGGAUGAUUACGACUCAGCAUGGGACAGGAAGGGCGAGAGGAUCCAGAUAGCCGAAGAUGAGAGAAGAUACAGAGAUAGAGCUCCAUCGCACCCCGGUAUGGGGAGAACUAUGUCGGGUGAUAGAGUCAACAACUCAGGUAUGCCUGAGCAAGGCAGUGGACUUCUGAAGAGAGUGAAGAGCUUGUCGAAGGGGAAGAAGCGAGAUGGCAACGACAUCGAAGAUGAGAACGAUACUCCAAAGCCACCAAUGAAGGAGAUUGUCAAGAAGACUACCACUUCUAAGAAAGCUGAUGUCGCUCCUCCAAAGGCUGCUGCCCCCGCUGCUGCUGACUCCCGUGGCCCUCGUCGUCCCCGCGGUGAAGGAAACGAAGGCGCUUUCCGAGACCGUGGAGCCGGCCGUGAGAACAACCGAUCCAAGCCAACUGACCAACAAGGUGGUCUAAGAGAGCGCGGUGAUCGCGGCGGUCGCGGCGGUCGUGGCGGUCGUGGAGGCCGUGGAGGCCGUGAAUUCGAGCGUCACAGCGGCACUGGCAGACUUGACACCGACAAGCAAGUCUCUCAAGGCUGGGGUAACAACAAGAACGAAUGGAACGAAGAGCAAGCUGGUGAAAGCAUCGCUCAAACCGAAGCCGCCGGUGAUGCUCCUGUUGCCACUGCCGCCGCCGCUGAGGGUGAACAGCCAGAGGCUACCGAAGCUGCGGAGCCAGUCGCUGAGCCAGAACCAGAGGACAACACCAAGUCCUUCGCUCAGUACCAGGCCGAGCUUGAAUCCCGUGCCCCAAUCGAGGAGCUUCCAGAGGCUCGUCGUGCCAACGAGGGUGCCCGUGAUAACAAGAAGUGGCUUGGUGCUAAGGAGCUCGUCAAGGAGGAUGGCGAGGAAUAUUUCGUUGGUGGAAAGUCGAAGCAGAAGAAGCUUAAGAGCAGGAAUGAGAGGUCUGUUGUCGAAAUCGACCACGGAUUCGUUGAUCCUAGAUCGAUAAGACGCGGAAGCGCUGACAGGGGUGGCCGUGGAGGUCGCGGAGGUGCUCGCGGUGGAGACCGCGGUGGAGACCGCCCACACCGUGGUGGUCCAAGUCGUGGCGAGUUCCGUGGCGGUCGCGGCGGCCAAAGAGGCGGCCUGAACGUCUCUGACGAGUCUGCCUUCCCAAGCUUGGGAAAAUAA